CCCCCCCCCCCCCCCCCAAGGCCCCCCAUCCAAGCAUCCAUGUUUCGAAAGAAGGGCACGCAGAUGAUCGCGGAAAAAUCGGCACUCUGAUCCCACAACCCCAAGCCUUUUCCCUCCGAGAAACUCGUUGGCAACUCUUACCUUGUCCCCCCAUUUCCAAUUCUUCUUCCCUUGCCAAACAUAACCAACUUUCCUAUCUCUUAAACAUUUAAACUACCCAGCGAACGGAUAGGUCGGCGAAUUGCGGACGUUUCGGCACCACGACGUACGACGAAGCUCUCUAGUCGUCCCUCAUUCCCAUCCGACGCAGCUUCAGCAGCAAGCUUCAAUAUUGUAUGAAUUAGAGCGGUUUUAAUCGUUCUGCGGCGGGUUUCUCUUGGAUUGAUGAUAGUGAGAUGGAGAAUGAUCCGAACCAGCCGUUGAGGAGGGCCACGACGGAGCCUACUCCUCCCCCCGCGCUGUCGCUGUCGCCUCCGCCUAUUACUGUCGUGCACGAGGAGGAGCACGCGGCCGGUGGGACGGCGCAAACGCACCCUCCUCCGCAAGUGACAUCCAUAUCUUUCGACACUCGUCCCGCAACUGCUACUCCUAACACCAACACUAAUACCGCUACCACCACUUCUUCGACACCGCGGCAGCAGCCUAGGACUUCGGAGGUGAGGAAUCGGAAGGGGAAUGGGCUUAGACGACAAGACACGCCGAAUUUGGAGUGGCAUGAUAGGUGGACGGCGGAUAGUUGGAAGCAUGGGAGGGUGCUGUUGAUUGAUUAUGUUGAUAAAGAACACACCACCGCGGGCCACCGCAAAGUCGUCGCCCAGGAAUUCUCCGACAUCCACGAGCUCCGCCGCUUCUACAUGAACUCCGACCUCUCCCACCAGGCGGCCCUGCGCGUCAUCCACGUGCAAAACGCCUCCUGGGCGACGCGCUUCCUCCUCCGGAAAUUCAACAUCGACGCCUCGGACGACCUCGUCGGCACCAACUUCGGCCGCUGGGCCAAGUACACGAAGCCCAAGGUUCGCGCCAACCGCCCCGUCCCGCACGGUAAGACGUUCCGCGCGCAGCGGGACCCGUGGAGGGGGAUCAGCAGGACGGCGUUUGGGCUGGACUAUCUGAGGCACUACGACAAGAAGAGGAUUUCGGAUGAUCAGGGGAUGAAGUUUAUGGAGUUGAACCAUUUUGAUGCUAAUGAUAAUCCGGCGUAUGGGUAUGAUAUCUAUGCGCAGCGGAUGUCGGUGUAUAUCCAGAUGAGCGAUGGCGAGCCGGGGAGGCCUAUGGAUCCGGAUAUUAGGAAUCCGUAUGAUGAGGAGGAGUACGAGGAGUAUCAGAGGCUUAAGAGGCAGUAUGAGGGCGCGGACGACAAUGCGCCGGAUGUGAACUAUGUCCCGAAGUUGCAGACGCUGGACAAUGGGACCACGAUUAUUCUGUUCGAGCAUUCUCAGUCGGGUUCGGUGCGAGAUACGUUGAUCGGUGCGAGACAGGAUGUGGAAUCUCGGUGGAGGCGAUUGACUUUCUACUUACCACCGGAAGAGACAUCAGACGACGACCGACUCGCCAUCGAAUGUAUGGAUUUCAUACUCCGCGAUAUAUUCAAAGCCCUAGCCAUGAAUUGGGACAAGUAUCUCAACCUCUGCGAAGCCCACGUCAGCAUCCUCGAAGACAAGAUCUACGAGAACCCCGCCGAUGAAUCCCGCGCGCCGGAGCUCUGGACCAACUCCAGCCUGUGGCUCAAAGUCGAGCGGCUGAUGUACAUCCACGUGGACAUCAUCUCCGAGAUGCAAAAGAACCUCAAGGAAGUCGUAACCUACGACCCAACAGCCGACGAACCGUGGCUCGCCGGCUCCGCCGAAGAAAUGGACCGCCUGACCAAGAACCACGAAGAAGGCAUCGUGAAACCCACCUCCAACCUCUCAGACCUCAUGUACAAAUCCGUCGGGAUCCGCGACGCGCGCAUCUCGAACCAACUCGGCCUCAGCAUGUGGCGCCUAUCCUGGAUAACCUUCAUCUUCCUGCCCCUGACCUUCGCGACGGGCUUCUUCGGCAUGAACGUCGACACGUUCGAGGAGAACCCGAGCAUAAAGUGGUUCUUCAUCGGCAUCUUCCCGCUCUUCGCCGUCGUCCUCAUCUGCUGGUACGGCAUCAAGCACACGCUGACCGCGAAGCGCCAGGACACCCUCCGCCGCGGCGUCUACGAGUCGCUCUUCUUCGACUUCUCCAACGACCACCCGAACCUGUGGACGCGGCGCGGGCCCCGCCAGGGCAUCGUGCCCGUCGGCCGCUGGUCCGCAAUGAAGUGGCGCCUCAUCACCCGCUGGUUCAACCCGGAGACCACCGUCGCUGCGAAAUGGGACCAGGGCGACGAGGCGCUGGGCUUCUGGAGCAGAGUCAAGCGCCACCUCGCGCGCCGCUGGCUCGAGAACCUCGUCGUCAUGCCCUCCAUGGCUAAGGACGCGGAGUCCCAGUCUGACCUCGAGGCCACGGGCAACAAGGAGGGGUCCAGCGCUGUCAACGAUCUGUCGGCCGCUUCCGCGCCCACGUCGCCGGCGGGAACCACGGGGUUCAGGAAGACGCCGCUGCAGAGGUUCAGGAGCUUGUCGUCGUCGAGGAGCGGCGAGCAGGGCAGCAGGCCGGGAAGCGAGAUGAUGGUCGAGGAGAAGAGCGCCGACGAACAGGACGACGAUAACAGCAAUAACGACGACGCUGCUAGCACGUCGAGGAAGAAGAGGAGGAAGAGCAGAUCGGUCGCUUCUACCGGGAGCAGAUCGGCGUCGCCGUUCCUGCUGCAUCCUGGCGAGGCUAAGGUCAUCGCUACGAAGUAGACAGACCUAGAUGGGCACAAUGGUCUUUCUCUCUGGGAGAUUUUCUGCCUUGGAAAAAUGGCGAGUGUGGUGAUGGAAUAAUGUAUUGACGACUUGACGAUUGGGAAUAUGUACAUAUCCUCUGGUUUUUUGUAUUGAUAUCCCAGCUGUAGGAUUGGGUCCUUCUGUUGCUAUGCAGGGCGAAGAUGCAAUACAGAUGUUGUAUGUACAUUUAGCGAGCGCGCGCAUCAUAUAGUAAAGCAUUAUUACGACAUUUGUA